AUGUCUGCAACCAGAUACGCGCAGCCGGCAACCCCGCAAACGCCGGCGACACCAUCUUCCCAGACGGAACAGUCAUACACCCCCAAUGGCUCCUGGCGACAUCCCAAGUUUGAUGAGAUUGCGCGCCGCCAGUACGCUACCACUUUUGACGAGCGCAACGUCAGGGCCAUUGUCCUCAACGCUGGCUUCUUGUUCCUUUCAGUCUACGGUAAUCGCGUCACCGAAAAGGUCAAGCUGUUGGAGUAUGCUGCGACACCGAUUAACGCUGUUGUAACAGCUGUUCCCUACAGCAACUGGGCUAUACUCCUAGUCCGCGUCGUCUUCGCGGCAAACAUCGUCAUCGCCUUCCUGCCUCUUGUCCGCCGCUACUACCCCGAUGAGAUUGUCGAUAUACCUCUCACCCCCUCACAACGCGCCUCGAUGGGGUUGAAGGCUGGUGUCCAGGCGCCUCCGACUCCAGGCUCCGCAUACGCAUCGCCCAACUACGUGACUCCUCCCAGAUACCAACGAUCAACACCACGCAGCAACAGCUUCAGCGCUCAAGAUCACGGCUCGCAUUCGCCUAGCCCGCGCCCAAAUUUUGGGAGGUCUGGCUCAGGCUCGCCCUUCUCACCAAACAAUGGUGGAAGUUUUGAUAGGUCACUCAGUGGCUCAGCAAUAAAGCGCAUGAGCUAUGGUAGUUCGAUGAGCGGCAGCUUGUUCGGUGAUAGCUCGAGCAGCAUGACACCAGGCACCCCCACUCCUUCCACCGGUAAGGCAAGUGUCGGGCUGAACAACAAGUGGCUGUAUGAGAAGAGGAGAGACAGCCCAAAGAGCAGUAUGUUCAUGUGA